GCGCUUGCCGCCAUUUCAUUUAUCUUGGAGUGGUAGUGGCUACGUUGUUCCACGGGUUUGUGUGGCAGGUUACUUUUGUUUUCAUACCUCGCAUCUAGGUUUGCAUUUGCAACGCAUUCUGUUCUCUGCGUGUCCACCCGUUUACUAUUAGACUUCUAACUUUUCUAAUUUAAUAAGGAAGACGAAAAGAACUACGUCAAGAUGUCCGCAGAGGCACCAGUUGAAAGCGCCGAGACAACUAGCCAAAGUGAGGUGAAUGGCAAACCAAAUGAGAGUCGGAAAGAGAGGCCUCAGAAGCGAGGAGGUGGCAACACCCGUUUUGAGCCCUACUCAAAUCCAUCCAAAAGAUAUCGAGUUUUUGUCAGCAACAUCCCUUUUGAUGUCAAGUGGCAGUCUUUGAAAGAUUUAAUGAAGGAAAAAGUGGGUGAGGUAACAUACGUGGAGCACUUAAUGGACGCAGAAGGCAAGUCGAGGGUAAGUGAAAGAUGGACGUUUUUAUGUUCGUAAGUUUGAGCUUUUUCUUUUACUUUUAAUGUAUGGAUUCAAUGGCUUUGUAGUUUGAGGCACAUCAUACACAGCUAUAAAACUUAAGGUUUUGUGCCUUUGUCUCAUUAAGUUUACACGCUUGCGUGUGGUAAAUUAGGGGUGCUGUACAGGCACGAGAUCAAUGUUCUCCAGUUCUUGGGGUAAGACCCCCGGGUAAAGUCCCAAUUGAACAUCCAUAUUCUAUACUGGUCCUUAAUUGUAUAUUGACUUGCAAGUGAUCUCCAACAUAGGUGGUGUUAAGUUGUUGUAUUGAGUCUGGAUUUUUAUAUUUAAUUAAGAUACUCCUAAUGUCCUCCUGUUAAGAUAGUCAUUAUUGCUUUUUGCCUUUUUGGUUUGUAUGAAGGUAUUAGUGAUUAUGGAUUUUUAUGUUAAAUCCAUUUGUGCAUGUCUGAGAUGGUGGUUGGACCAGUUGGGGGAUUGUAAUGGUUGAUACAGUGGAAGAAGCAGUUAAUUGUUUAGUUCUGUAGUAAUUGGCAGUCAACUGAUUGAAAUUGCAUGUUUCUAGGCUGCAGGAGGAGGUUGUAAAAGUAUGAAAGGAGGUGACAUUUCCAAAGGUUUAUGCAUAUCUUUUUGGUGCUAGUUUUUAGCAAUCUCUCAAUAAUUUGUCUAAUGUUUGGUGUUUUGUUUUAUUUUAUAUCUCCUCCCUUGGCCUUCUUCCUUUGAUUCCAGGGCUGUGCGGUGGUUGAGUUCAGAACUGAGGAGCUCAUGAAAAAGGCAGUGGAGACAGUACACAAGUACAACAUGAAUGGCCGUCCUCUUAAAGUGAGAGAGGAUCCUGAUGGGGAGCUUGCACGCCGGGCAGCUCAGAGAGCAGGAGGAGGGCAAUCUGGAGGGAUGGGUAUGGGUCCUAAUAUGACACCACUGACCAAUAUUCCUCCUAGUCUUCAAAACAAUCCAAACAUCCCCAGUGAGAUUAUUCAUGCGCUACAGGCUGGGAGACUUGGUAGUACCAUUUUUGUUGCCAAUCUUGACUACAAAGUUGGUUGGAAAAAACUGAAAGAAGUCUUUGGCAUGGCUGGAAAUGUGGUACGAGCAGAUAUAUUGGAAGACAAGGAUGGGAAGAGCAGAGGAAUGGGCACAGUCACAUUUGAGCAGUCACUUGAAGCUGUUCAGGCAAUUUCCAUGUUUAAUGGACAACAGCUAUUCAACAGACCUAUGCAUGUCAAGAUGGAUGAAAAAGCAGUGGUUAAAGGAGACUUCUCCUCUCAGGACAGAUCAUCACUACCUCAUGGACUUGGUGGUAUUGGAAUGGGUUUAGGACCUGGUGGACAACCCAUUGAUGCAAAUCAACUCAGAUCAGGAGCAAGUAGUAUUGGCAAUGUUAUGGGUCCUGGAAGUGGAGGCAUUGAUGGAAUGAACUAUGGUGGCAUGGGACGGUUGGGAGGCAUGGACAGCUCCUUUGGAGGUGUCAUGGGUGGAAUGGAUCGCUUUGGUCCAACAGGAAUGGGACGGAUGAAUGAGAUGGAACGUGGACUAGGUGGAGGCUUUGAUCAGAACUUUAGCAGAGGUGAUGUUGGCAUGUCAAGAGGUUUUGGCGAUUCAUUUGACAGAGGUAUAGGUAGCUCGAUGAGUAUGGAGCGGAUGGGAUCUAGUAUGGACAGGAUGAGCUCAGGAAUGGAUAGGAUGCAAGGACUUGACAGAGUUGGAAUGGGAAUUGAUCGAAUGGACCGUGUUGCUGAUAUUGAUAGAUUAGGCUCUGGUUAUGAUCGGUUGAGCUCUGGGAUGGAUAGAAUGGGGCCUGGGAUGGAUCGGCUUGGUUCUGGCCUGGAUCGUAUGAGCUCUAGCAUGGACCGUCUUGGCCCAGUUGGAUAUGAUCGUUUAGGCCCUUCUGGCAUGGAGCGAAUGGGGUCUGGAAUGGAUUACAUGGCUCCAAUGGGCAUGGAUCGAAUGGGUUCUGGAAUGGAUCGAAUGGGUGCCAGCUUUGACAGAGUUGGUGGCAUGGGAAUGGACCGCUACCCGGCAACAGGAUUGGACCACAUGGCCUCAGUGGGAGCAGGAUCUGGAUUUGAUAGGUCUGCUGAUAUGGAUCGUGGUGGCUUUGGUGCUGGCGUAGCAGCUUCUGGCGCUGGAGCAAACCCUCGAAAGGGAUGCCAAAUUUUUGUCAGAAAUUUGCCAUUUGACUUCACUUGGAAAAUGCUUAAAGACACUUUUAACUCUUGUGGUCAUGUACAGUAUGCAGAUAUCAAAAUGGAGAAUGGCAAGUCAAAGGGCUGUGGGGUUGUUCGUUUUGAGAAUCCUGAAACUGCAGAGAGGGCCUGCAGACUCAUGAAUGGAACAAAGUUAUCUGGCCGUGAAAUUGAUGUUCGAAUUGACAGAAAUGCAUAAAAUGUUCUAAUAUUGUCCAGUUCUAUCCGCUGUUUCAGAUUUGAACUAUGUUGGAUUCCCUCCCCAUCCAUGAAUUGUUUUUAAUGACCAAACAUUUGAGUUAAAUUUUUAUUUCUACCAUCUUUUAAAUGGAAAAUGUUUACUAGUGUUUUUUUUUGUCAAGUGAUGAGUUAAAAGAAUUUCAGUUUUGUCAAUGUUGUGUGGUGGCUUUUUUCAAGGUGAAAAUUGAUUCAACUUUUUGUAUUUAGCAGACUAGAUAUUGAACCUUUUGAACUUGAAUGGCUGCCCUUGCCUUCAUGCUCUUAGGAAUUUUUAGUCUCUUUGCAUAAAAAUAUUUACCAGAUUAAAUCUUCUAUAUUGGGUGCAUUUAUUAAAGAUACCUGAUCUGGAUCACA